UUUCCGGGGUCAUUUCAGUCCGCCGCAGACGCUGUGGAUCACGUACACUUCUCCUGUUGUUUCGGUCUGUGUUUCUUUAUCAAAAAUAAUGGCCUCACGUCUGUUGCUUCGAGCCUGUGUCCUAUCCACACAGCAUCUGAAAAAUAAUGUCGCCAUCAGACCACUGCAACGCGCAUUUGCCACAGCUAAAGGAAUACCCAGUGAUGAGGAGCAGGCUACUGGCCUGGAGAGAAGGGCCCUGCAGUCUCUCAAGGGUGGGAAGGACCCUUACAGUAUCCUGAAGCCCAAAGUCUAUGCUGGAACCAAAGAGGACCCCCACAUUGUGCCAAGCAUCAAUGACAAGAGGCUUGUCGGAUGUCUUUGUGAGGAGGACAACACUGCCAUUGUGUGGUUCUGGCUUCAUGAAGGAGAGAUGGCACGCUGUCCCUCGUGCGGCUCUCAUUACAAACUGGUGCCUCAUGAACUUCCGCACUAAACCGCCCCAUGCUGGCCCUACUCUCCAAUGACUGCACUUCAGUGUCCACUGUACAGUUUAUCAAUAAAAUAAAUAGUAU